AUGAGAGCAUUAUUCUCAAUAAUAGAGAUAGCAAUACAUAAUAGGUAUGGUGACAGUAAUCAUCAUCAUAAUCUUUAUAGUAAUAAUAAUAACAAUGAUACAAUAAUAGGUGGGGCAGCUACCCCUACAACCAAACCAAAUUCUUCAUCAUCGGGAAUCAAUGAUAGUGAUAGCGGAUAUAAUGAAGUAUCACUAGAAUCAUUAUAUACAGUAUUCAUAGUGAUGGGAGCAAUAUAUGGUGCAUUAUUAUUUGCACCUCUAAUUCAAUUUAUUCGUAUCUUUUUUAUUGGUUUCCCUUUAAGAAAAGUUACAACACAAAAAACUUUUUUAGUUCUCUUAUUUUUAACAUGUACAUUUAGAACCGUUUUCUUUUUUUCAGUAGCAUUAUCAAGUUAUGAUAAAGAAACAUUUAAUAUUGGUAAAUUUAGUUUAGAAAGAUUUACAAUAUUAGAUGAUCUUGGUUGUGUUUCAUUUUUUACAACAUUUUGUUUAUUAAUUUUAUUUUGGAUUGAAAUUGUAUAUCAUUCAAGAAAUAAAACUAAAUUAUAUCAAGCAAAAGUAAAACCAUUAUUUUUUUUAGCAAUUGGUAUUAUAUAUAUUUUACAAAUUAUAAUUUGGAUAUUGAUUUUCGCUCUACCAAGAACACAUAGAGAACAAAUUGAUAAAACUGAUAAUACAUUUUAUGCUGCAAUUUCAUUACUUGCAAGUUUAGCUUUCUUUUAUUAUGGUUGUAAAUUAUCUUUAAAAUUAAAAAGAAAUCCGAUUCAUUCAAGAGGUCAAAAAAAGAAAUUCAUUGAAGUUGUGGUUUUUACAUUAUUAUGUACACUUUGUUUUUUAGGUAGAUCAUUAUUAUUUUUAGUAGUUUCAUAUUAUCCCAAAUUACAUGUAAACUUUACAAGUGUUGCAAUUUACUAUACAGUUAGUGAAGUUGUACCAUCAGUUUUUGUAAUUAUAUUAUUUAGAAAAAUGCCACCAAAACCUGCAAAUACACCAACCUAUAGAAUAUCAUCAGGUGGUUCAACUUCCUAUUUACAUCAUCCUCAAGUAGUUAAUGGUAGAGUUGUUGUCAAUCAAAAUAAUAGUAAUAAUAAUCAUAACAACCUUCAUGGAAAUUUCAAAAAAAAUAAUACUCGUGAUAUUGAAGCUGAAUAUAAUCAAAGAGAUGAUGAUGAUGAUAAUCCAACAACUCCAUUAAUUAAUUAA